AUGGAUCCAGGACGCGCGAGACGACGUGAACAGGACCAGGCCAAGGAGCCGCGCGUCGAGCAGGAGCCUUACAUUUUCAACUCUCCUUCCCUCGUGCUCGCCAACGCAAACGUUCAAGGUGUGCAAGCUGUCCUGGGACUUUUCUGUCAGGGUCCCAACAUGAAGCUGGUGUCGCCCACUAUAACGCACGACACCCACCGCUCGAGGUCCUCGCACCACAAUGACGGGGACUGGCACGCCGAGUCGUGGACAUCCGCCAAGGCGCCGAUGACGAGCUCGCAGUUCCACGCCGAGGACAAGUCGUUCGCGGCAAUCAUGGAGGACCCGCGCGACCGCAUCAUAUACGACCUACUCUCCGUGCGCCAAUACUCGCUCGUGCGCGAGUUCUACAUGUACGUGAUCAAGGACGCGAUUAUGUGCUUUAUCGAGGAGAAGAAGAAGUCGAUUGGCCAGUUCUUGCAGCCCGCCCCGCUGGCGGAGGAUGGGGCAGGCACACACCUGCAGUGGUGA